AUGUCUCUCCUAAGAAAGAUCUUUAUGUUCACGAAGAAGAACUAUGACAAAUGGAAGAUAAGAAUGCAAGCGCAUUUGGCCUCCCUAGAUGAUGACAUGUGGUAUGUCAUCACUGACGGCCCAAUGAAAAUCAUGAAGGCCAACUCCACCACAACCUCCGAUGGUACUCCUUUGAUGAAGGAGAAACCAAUGUAUGAGUGGACCUCUGAAGAGAAGAGGAACAACAACCUUGAAAAUAUGGCCAAAGACAUUCUUUAUAAGACACUAGAUAAUAACAUGUUCAGCAAGAUCAAGGCCUGCUUUUCUGCUAAAGAAAUUUGGGAGAAGCUGACUCAACUCUAUGAGGGAAACGAACAACCAAAACAAAACAAGCUGAUGGUUGUCACGCAUAAUUUUGAAAAAGUAAAGAUGCGUUCUAGAGAGACAAUGACUGAAUUUGAUGAAAGAUUCAGUAUCAUUGUCAUCGAGCUCUUAACUUUGGGGAAGACCUAUAGAAACCGUGAGGUUGUUACCAAAGUCUUGCGAGCUCUACCCAGAGAAUGA